AUGAAUUCGGUGUUUCGACAGUUUUCCGCAGUGCUACUCGGGACUAGUCUGAGAGGGUCAAUUCGGAUUAGUACCGAUCUGGUAUUAUUGAGCCAUCUCCACAAACGGAACUCUGCAUUACAGACGGCGACUUUGUUAUUGAGGCGAGAAUUUUGCUGUCUCGAGAUGAAACCAAAAGUAUACGUGACUAGAAAUGACUACGCAAGAAUAGGAUUGGAUCUGCUUAGAGAAGAAUGUGAUAUUUCAUUGUGGGAUGAAGGAUAUCCAGUGCCGAGAGACGAAUUUCUCAAAAAUGUUGCUGGUAAGGAUGCGAUUUACUGUUCACUAAACGAUCGCAUCGAUAAAGAGCUACUUGAUCAGGCGGGUCCUAAUCUUAAGGUCAUCUCAACUAUAUCUGUUGGAUACGAUCAUAUUGAUGUGAAGGAGUGCAAACAGCGCGGUAUUCGUGUCGGUUACACACCGGACGUGUUAACGGAUGCGACAGCAGAACUGACGGUGGCUCUGCUGUUGGCUACUGCUCGUCGAAUCUUCGAAGCUAAUAAACAGGUGCACACCGGCGGGUGGAAAUCAUGGUCACCGAUGUGGAUGUGUGGCAAAGGGGUGAAGAAUUCAGUGGUAGGAAUUUUUGGAUUUGGCCGCAUUGGACAAGAAAUUGCAAAGCGAUUGGCACCCUUCAAGCCUUCACGCAUUCAGUUCACCAGCCGGUCGGAUAAGUUUCUCACGGCGGAAGAUUUGGGAGUGACACAGGUACCGUUCGAUGAGCUAGUUGAAACGAGCGAUUUUCUUAUCAUUGCUUGUUCAUACAACAUUGAGACGGCCAAUCUAUUCAACGAUGCUGUUUUUUCGCGAAUGAAACCCUCUGCCAUACUGGUGAAUACAAGCCGGGGCGGAGUAGUUGAGCAGCAUGAUCUGAUUCACGCCCUGCGAGCGGGUAAAAUUCAAGCAGCCGGGCUAGACGUAACCACACCAGAGCCACUUCCGUUGGAUAACCCUCUACUGACACUACCAAAUGUGGUCGUAUUGCCACAUAUCGGGAGUGCUGAUAUCGAAACGCGCAUUGAGAUGUCGCGUAUAACAGCUUGCAAUAUAUUGGCUGGUUUAAAGGGAAUAAAAAUGUUGUCGGAAGUUUAGGAGCUUUGCUCAUUCUCUCUUAACACAUUUCCAUAUCGUCCUCAUCACAAAAAUGAACUGAUACUGAUUGAAUGUUACAAAUAAAAUGCCAGAAUUGCCGGU